AGCAAAAUGGCCGAGACUCUGACUCUGCGCGCCACCCUGAAGGGCCACACCAACUGGGUGACGGCCAUCGCCACCCCUCUGGACCCCUCGUCCAACACCCUCCUGUCCGCUUCGCGCGACAAGAGCGUGCUGGUCUGGGAGCUGGAGCGCUCGGAGUCCAACUACGGCUACGCCCGUAAGGCUCUGCGCGGCCACAGCCACUUCGUGCAGGACGUGGUCAUCUCCUCCGAUGGCCAGUUCUGCCUGACUGGCUCGUGGGACGGCACCCUGCGUCUGUGGGACCUGAACACCGGCACCACCACCCGCCGCUUCGUGGGCCACACCAAGGAUGUGCUGUCCGUGGCUUUCUCGGUGGACAACCGCCAGAUCGUGUCGGGCUCGCGCGACAAGACCAUCAAGCUGUGGAACACCCUGGGCGAGUGCAAGUACACCAUUGGCGAGCCCGAGGGCCACACCGAGUGGGUGUCGUGCGUGCGCUUCUCGCCCAUGACCACCAACCCCAUCAUCGUGUCCGGCGGCUGGGACAAGAUGGUCAAGGUCUGGAACCUGACCAACUGCAAGCUGAAGAACAACCUGGUGGGCCACCACGGCUACGUCAACACCGUGACCGUCUCCCCCGACGGCUCGCUGUGCGCCUCGGGCGGCAAGGACGGCAUUGCCAUGCUGUGGGACCUGGCUGAGGGCAAGCGCCUGUACAGCCUGGACGCCGGCGACGUCAUCCACUGCCUGUGCUUCUCGCCCAACCGCUACUGGCUGUGCGCCGCCACCCAGUCCUCCAUCAAGAUCUGGGACCUGGAGAGCAAGAGCAUCGUGGACGACCUGCGCCCCGAGUUCAACAUCACCAGCAAGAAGGCCCAGGUGCCCUACUGCGUGUCGCUGGCCUGGUCGGCCGACGGCUCCACCCUGUACAGCGGCUACACCGACGGCCAGAUCCGCGUCUGGGCCGUGGGCCACUCCCUGUAAAUGCCCAGCCGCGCCUAGCUGCGGCCUGGCCCUGCGGGCCAGGAGCAUCGGGAGCUGGAGGGGUUUAGGAGGAGGCGCGCAGCGGCGGCGGCUGCGCCACCUGUUGAGAGGCGGGCGGCGUGCUGCGUCGCGGUGUGUUGAGGAUGCGUCGCGGGGCUGCCGGACUGGCGAUCUGUAACGCGUUGAUGCUGGUCAGUCUCAUUUCACGUGUUCUCCCACGUUCUCUCUUGCGGAAUGUAAGGUGUGCGUGAU